CUCUGUCGCCCCCGCGAGUGCAGCUGGACCUGGGACUGUGUCCGGGAACUCCAUGAGGUCCCCCUCCGUGUUCGGGGGCUUCGCCCCUAGGGAAUCCCGGCCGUCCAGAGGCAUUGGGAGAAGCCUGGGGGCCCACCCCGCUGCCCGCACCAUCGCCCCCAGGCCCGACGGGGGUGCGCUCAGGGCCGGGAGUUCCAUCACCUCCCAGGGGCGCACGGGCCGCCCCAGGGGACCGGCAAUGAGAGAGAGAAAUCUCAGCUCCCGAGAGCCCCGUGUUUCCUCCAUUAGGGCGCCCUGCCCGCUAACUCCGGCGUCCCGGGGCUCCGGGUCCAGGCGUCUUGUCUGGUCCUUGUUUUUUGACCCCACCUGUCCCCACCGCGGGGCCUGGGGCGCAGAGGGCCCCGCAGGCAGGCGCUGAAGAGAAGCAACGUGCGGGCUCCCGCAGCACCCGACGCUGCCUCCAUUAGGACACCCUGAAUUUUGAAUGUGUUCCUUCGCGCUCCUUGGGGUGCGUAAGGCCCCUCCCACCCUUAUCCGGGAGCCCGGCUGCCCCCUUCAAGGCCUCUGAGGGCCAGGGCGUGCCCAGAAACCAGGGCCGGGGCACCCCCCGAGUCGGGCCCGUGUGCACCCCAGCCAGCUCAGGUGACCAGGAGGGCGCCGGGCACACCUGGCGCCGUCCCCUGACCCCGCCCCGGGCCGGGCCGCACCCCGGAAAGCUCUCUGGGGGAGCCAGCGCGGCGCAGCAGGGCCAUGGCAGCGGCGCCAGCGGUGGGCGUCCCGCAGGGGCCCCCGCCGGGGGCACCGUCCCCGCCGGCCGGCGCGCAGGGGCCUGCGUCCGGCCUGGGCCGCUGCCGGAUGGCGCUGCUGCUGGCGGUGGCGCUGGACGUGGCGGGCAUGGCGGCGCUGCUGACCGGCGUGUUCGCGCAGCUGCAGGUGCGCGGCCGCGACUUCGGCGACCUGCUCAUCUACUCGGGCGCGCUGCUCGUCUUCCUGAGCCUGCUCGGCUGGAUCCUCUGGUACACCGGCAACAUCGAGAUCUCGCGCCAGGAGCUCGAGCGCGACUACGGCCUGCGGCCCUCGGCGCUCGCCCGCCUGGCGCGCAAGCUCUCCCGCCGCUGGUCAGCGCCGGCCUCCUCCUCCGGCCCGCGCGCCGCGCCCGGCUCUCUGGGAACGCGCCGUGCCGCCCGCGCGCCCCCGCCGACCGCCGCCGGCUCCCGCCGCGUGCGCCUGCAGCUCGCUACGCUCGAGGCCGGGCCGGGGGCGGCGGGCGCGGGCACCGAGUGAACCCGAGACAGCCCCACGGCCCCACCUGUGAGGACGGGACUGCGUGUGCAGCUGCACCCACCACCAUCUGGGCCACCAGGAUGCCUGCUUGUCUGCCCCAUCCUCUCUCGGAUAAAUGGCUCGCCUCCUA